AUGGCCGCCCCUCGGCCCCCGCCUGCCGGCCCAGUGCCGCGCUUGACGGCAGCCGGAAAGCACCGUGCCGCCGGGCGACAGAUAAAACUGCACAGUCCCGAGGCUCAUCGCCCUUGCGCUCACUUCCGGCCGGCGCGCCUCUCGACACUGUCGCGCCGGGGGGGCGGGGCCGGCCGCGCGGAGCUGACAGGCGGCCCCGGGGGCGGUGGCCAAGGCGGCGGCCCGAGAGCGGUGGUGGGGGCGGCGGGUCUCAUGGCUGAAGUGAGCUGGAAGGUGUUGGAGCGAAGAGCCCGGGCCAAGCGCUCAGGCUCAGUUUAUGAACCUCUUAAAAGCAUUAAUCUUCCGAGACCUGAUAAUGAAACUCUGUGGGAUAAAUUGGAUCAUUAUUACAGAAUUGUCAAGUCAACAUUGCUACUGUAUCAAAGUCCAACCACAGGUCUCUUUCCCACUAAAACAUGCGGUGAUAAUCAGAAGGCAAAAAUCCACGACAGUCUGUACUGUGCUGCUGGGGCCUGGGCUUUGGCUCUUGCAUACAGGCGCAUUGAUGAUGACAAGGGAAGGACCCAUGAGCUGGAGCACUCCGCUAUAAAAUGUAUGAGAGGAAUUCUCUACUGCUAUAUGCGUCAGGCCGAUAAGGUCCAGCAGUUUAAGCAGGACCCACGCCCAGCAACCUGUCUUCACUCUGUUUUCAAUGUGCACACGGGAGAUGAGGUCCUCUCCUCUGAGGAAUAUGGUCAUCUUCAGAUAAAUACAGUGUCACUCUAUCUCCUUUACCUUGUGGAAAUGAUUUCUUCAGGACUCCAGAUUAUCUAUAACACUGAUGAGGUCUCUUUUAUUCAAAACCUUGUAUUUUGUGUAGAGAGAGUUUACCGUGUACCCGACUUUGGUGUCUGGGAAAGAGGAAGCAAAUACAAUAAUGGCAGCACAGAGCUACAUUCAAGCUCUGUCGGCUUAGCAAAAGCAGCUCUAGAAGCAAUUAAUGGAUUCAACCUCUUUGGCAACCAGGGAUGUUCUUGGUCGGUUAUAUUUGUGGAUCUCGAUGCUCAUAAUCGCAAUAGGCAAACUUUGUGUUCACUGUUACCCAGAGAAUCAAGAUCUCACAACACAGAUGCUGCCCUACUACCCUGCAUCAGUUAUCCUGCAUUUGCCCUGGAUGAUGAAGCUCUGUUUAGCCAGACACUUGAUAAAGUGGUUAGAAAAUUAAAAGGAAAAUAUGGAUUUAAGCGUUUCUUGAGAGAUGGAUAUAGAACAUCAUUGGAAGAUCCCAACAGACGCUACUACAAACCAGCUGAAAUUAAGCUAUUUGAUGGCAUUGAAUGUGAAUUUCCCAUAUUUUUCCUUUACAUGAUGAUUGAUGGAGUUUUUAGAGGCAAUCCCAAACAAGUAAAGGAGUAUCAGGAUCUUCUGACUCCAGUACUUCAUCAGACCACAGAAGGUUAUCCUGUCAUACCAAAGUACUAUUAUGUGCCAGCUGAUUUUGUAGAAUAUGAGAAAAGAAACCCUGGUAGUCAAAAGCGAUUUCCUAGCAACUGUGGCCGUGAUGGAAAACUCUUUCUUUGGGGACAAGCCCUUUAUAUCAUUGCAAAACUCCUGGCUGAUGAAUUAAUCAGUCCUAAAGACAUUGAUCCUGUCCAGCGCUAUGUCCCACUACAGAAUCAGCGUAACGUGAGCAUGAGGUUUUCCAAUCAAGGCCCACUGGAAAAUGAUUUGGUAGUUCACGUAGCACUCAUAGCAGAAAGCCAACGCCUUCAAGUUUUCCUCAACACAUAUGGUAUUCAGACUCAAACUCCUCAGCAGGUGGAACCCAUUCAGAUUUGGGCUCAGCAGGAGCUGGUGAAAGCUUAUUUCCACCUGGGUAUCAAUGAAAAAUUAGGACUCUCCGGAAGGCCAGAUAGGCCCAUUGGCUGCCUCGGUACAUCAAAGAUUUAUCGCAUUCUAGGAAAGACCGUGGUUUGUUACCCUAUCAUCUUCGACCUAAGUGAUUUCUACAUGUCUCAAGAUGUUUUACUGCUGAUAGAUGACAUAAAGAAUGCACUACAGUUCAUUAAGCAAUACUGGAAAAUGCAUGGACGUCCACUUUUCCUUGUUCUCAUCCGGGAAGACAAUAUACGAGGUAGCCGAUUCAACCCCAUAUUAGAUAUGUUGGCAGCCUUUAAAAAGGGCAUAGUUGGAGGAGUCAAAGUUCAUGUUGAUCGUCUACAGCUCUUUCAAAUUUCCUUAGCCCAUGUUCCACAGUCUCCGUCAUCACUGGGCCUCAACCUCCCUUCCUACCUCAUCGCCCAGGAUCUUUCCGUGCAGCUCAUUCCCAGCUCUGCUUUCCAGUCCGACUGCAGUUGUCUGGCUAGUCAAGCCAUCCUGCUGGGUAUACUGCUCAAAAGAGAAGGCCCCAACUUCAUCACCAGGGAAGGUACCAUUUCUGAUCACAUUGAGAGAGUCUAUAGAAGAGCUGGCAGCAAAAAGCUUUGGUUGGCGGUACGCUACGGGGCUGCCUUUACCCAGAAAUUUUCUUCCUCUAUAGCCCCACACAUUACUACUUUUCUGGUACAUGGGAAACAGGUAACAUACACAGAAUGUGGAAAAACUCAAGCUGCUUGGUCGGUUGUGCGCCGUGCAGCAAGUCUUUUAAGUAAAGUAGUGGACAGCCUGGCCCCAUCCAUUACUAAUGUUUUAGUGCAGGGUAAACAGCCAUGCAGCAUGUUAAUAUUGAGUUAUUUUUUUCAGCAACCAACCCUGUCAGAUAUGACCAUGUAUGAGAUGAAUUUCUCUCUCCUUGUUGAAGACAUUCUGGGAAAUAUCGACCAGCCAAAGUACAGACAGAUUGUUGUGGAGUUACUAAUGGUUGUAUCCAUUGUACUGGAAAGAAAUCCUGAGCUAGAAUUUCAAGACAAAGUAGAUCUAGACAAACUGGUGAAAGAAGCAUUUCAUGAAUUUCAAAAAGAUGAGAGUCGACUAAAGGAAGCUGAAAAACAAGAUGACAUGACUUCCUUUUACAACACUCCCCCACUGGGAAAAAGAGGAACAUGCAGCUAUUUGACAAAGGUUGUGAUGAAUUUGCUGCUGGAAGGAGAAGUCAAACCAAGCAAUGAUGACCCAUGUCUGGUUAGCUAGUGAGGAAGGUGUAAGAGGCUCUGUUGAGACACGUUUUCUAGAAGUGUGUUAAGUUUUGUGUUGAAGCUUAGUUCAGGCUGCCAUUAAUGUAUGGACUGGUUUGUUGGUGAGGCGGUUGCCAUACCUUGGCAGUUACCAGACCUCUAGGACACCAUAGUCAAUCUAAUGGUAAGAAAUGCUUUAACUAAGUGGAAAAAAGUUCUCAUGAUUAUUAUGCCAACUACAAUAAUAAUUUUUACUGAAUGAUAGAAAUAGUUAACGAAUUGAAAGUUCGCCACUGCAUGUUUUAUGAUCAGAUAACUCAUCGAAAUGAAUCUUUGCUCUUUGGACUAAAUUACCAACUUUCAGCCAUUAAAAUGAAUUUGCCAGCUAGAAAUGCAUACAGAAAAUGAAAAGAUAGUAAAAGAAGGGUGAACUUAACUUAGUGGCAUUGUCAUACUAGAAAAAAAUAUUAAAAUCAUAAAAGCAAAUCUGCCAGCUAAUGUUUUGAUUAUCAGAAACUGCAUUGUUGAUAAUAUUUUAGUAUACAGAGCUGUUGUACAAUUUUUACCUUGUAAACAUGACUGUGGUUUUGUACUUGUGCUGACUUUAGGGGUUGGGCUAAAACACAGUGUCAUCUACAACUGAUCAGACAUUUUCUUUGAGCUUAUUAAAAACAUGGCGUGUGUAAGAUUGUUCAGAAGUAUGGACUGUUAACCUAGUUUGUACUAGUAAAAACAAAGUUGAAAAUCAUUAAAUUUUAUUUCUGAAUUAAUGAA